AUGAAUUCCUCCUACACCCAACAAUCGAAAGUGAUUCAACAAGCUGUGCAACACGUGUCAGAAUCAAUAUCAAUUCUGAUAAAUUCUAUACUAAUUUAUAUUAUCAUCAAGAAAUCUCCAAGCAAACUGGGACCAUACAAAUAUCUUAUGACCUUUAUAUCUGUUUUUGAAAUUCUUUAUUCUGUGACAGAUUUUCUUGUUUCUCCGAUUUUUUACUCAUACGGACCUGCUUUAAUCGUUAUCGUCAAUUUGAAUGAGUCAUUCUUUGGAAAAGCUGUUUCUUAUAUUUUUCUUUGUAAGUUUUGA